CCUGCCUUCGCUCCGCGGCAGCGCCGGUACCGAUGAGCGGGCUCCGAGCGCCCGGCGUGCGGCCGGUGCCGACCUGCCUGCUCCUGCUGGGGCUGCUCCUGCCCGCCGCCGCCGCGGGCGCGGGGUGCGAGCUGGAGGCUGCGGACGGCGGCGGCGGCCGGCGGGGAGGACGGUGCGGCGCGGCCGGCUCUGCGGCGGAGCCGGUGACAGAUCCCUGCAGUUCCCUGAGCCCGCCGUGCUUUACGGAGGAGGACCGGUUCAGCCUGGAGGCGCUCCGCAUGAUCCAUAAGCAGAUGGAUGAUGACAAAGAUGGUGGAAUCGAGGUAGAUGAAAGUGAUGAGUUUCUAAGGGAAGAUAUGCAAUACAAGGAUGCCUCAAAUAAACAUAGUCACCUGCACAGAGAAGACAAGCAUAUCACCAUUGAGGAUCUGUGGAAACGCUGGAAAACAUCUGAAGUUCAUAACUGGACUCAAGAGGACACUCUUCAGUGGCUCUCAGAUUUUGUUGAAUUGCCCCAAUAUGAAAAGAAUUUUAGAGACAGCAAUGUCAAUGGAACAACACUUCCCAGGAUAGCAGUAAAUGAACAUGCUUUCAUGAUCUCUCACUUGAAAAUAAUUGACCGGAGUCACAGACAGAAGCUUCAGCUUAAAGCCUUGGAUGUUGUGUUGUUUGGACCUCUCACUCGUCCCCCUCACAACUGGAUGAAGGAUUUUAUAUUAACAGUUUCUAUAGUUAUUGGUUUUGGAGGCUGCUGGUUUGCAUAUACACAGAACAGAACCUCAAGAGAACAUAUCACAAAAAUGAUGAAGGACUUAGAAAGUCUCCAAACAGCAGAGCAAAGUCUUCUUGACUUGCAGGAAAGGCUUGAGAAGGCACAAGAAGAGAAUAGAAACGUUGCUGUUGAAAAGCAAAAUCUGGAGCGCAAAAUGAUGGAUGAGAUCAAUGAUGCAAAACGUGAAGCUCAUCGCCUCAGGGAAUUGAGAGAGGGAGCUGAAUGUGAGCUCAGCAGGCUCAAAUAUGCAGAGGAAGAGUUAGUACAGGUUCGUAUGGCUUUAAAAAAGGCUGAGAAGGAGUUUGAGUUGAGAAGUAAUUGGUCUGUUCCUGAGGCUUUGCAGAAGUGGCUUCAGUUAACACACGAAGUUGAAGUACAAUAUUACAAUAUCAAAAGACAGCAUGCAGAAAUGCAAUUAGCAAUUGCUAAAGAUGAGGCAGAAAAGAUAAAAAAGAAGAGAAGCACUGUAUUUGGAACACUGCAUGUUGCACACAGCUCCUCCCUGGAUGAAGUGGACCAUAAAAUUCUCGAAGCAAAGAAAGCACUCUCUGAGUUGACGACGUGUUUGCGGGAGCGUCUUUAUCGAUGGCAGCAGAUUGAGAAGAUUUGUGGGUUUCAAAUCGCACACAAUUCUGGGCUACCAAGCUUGACCUCCUCUCUCUACUCUGAUCACAGCUGGGUAGUUAUGCCUCGAGUUUCCAUUCCUCCCUACCCAAUUGCAGGGGGAGUUGAUGACUUAGAUGAAGACACUCCUCCAAUAGUUUCACAGUUUCAUGGGUCCAUUGUAAAAGCUCCCAGCACUCUGGCAAGAAGCAGUAGCUUGUGUAGAUCAAGACGCAGUGUUGUGCCAUCAUCUCCACAGUCUCAGCACGCUCUGCACUCCCCUGACCCUGACAUCCUCUCUGUGUCGAGCUGCCCAGCUCUCUAUCGAACUGAAGAGGAGGAGGAAGCCAUUUACUUCUCUGCUGAUAAACAAUGGGAAGUACAGGAAACAGGUUCGGAAUGUGACUCCUUAAAUUCAUCCAUUGGAAGAAAACAGUCUCCUCCAGCAAGUCUUGAGAUGUACCAGACAAUUUCUCCUCAGAAAGUAUCACCAGAAGAAUUCUCACUGGAGGAAUCAUCUACGGGAGACUCCUCUUCUCUGACUGCAGAUGUUUCUAGGGGCUCUCCUGACUGUGUAGGCAUGGCAGAAACUAAGAGCAUGAUCUUUAGUCCUGCAAGCAAAGUUUAUAAUGGAAUCCUGGAGAAGUCUUGCAGCAUGAACCAGCUUUCUACUGGGAUCCCCGUCCCAAAGCCUCGUCACACCUCGUGCUCCUCGACUGGCAGUGACAGCAAACCCAGCCAUGAAGCUGCUUCUGUCCCCAGGAUAAGCAGCAUCCCACAGGACCUCUACCAGAAUGGUGAAAAAAAUAAAAAGCCAUCAAAAAUAAAAAACCUCUUUAAGAAGAAGUGUAAGUGAGGUGGGCAGAAGAGAACCUAUAGUAAUAUUAUGGAGAACUCUAUUUUUUAAAUCUUUAGGAAUGUAAUUCCAUUUGAGCAUCCCAGAGUGGAUGCCCCAAUGGAAUACUCUGUAGGUCACCUAUAUUUAAUGACUGUACUGUCAACGGUUGUGCCAGCUGUCAAUGAGAAAUCAUUAAAACGUUCAGACAGUUUACAUUCAUUUCUGCCUAUUUAUUUCUUUAUUUUUUUAGGUUGUCUUUUUCAGCUUUUUUUUUUUUUUUUACUUUGAUUUGUUGAGCUUUUUAAAGUUUAUUCAUAAACCAUUUUUAAGCCACUCUGGACUCCUAAGCUUUAAUGGACUAGUAAGCCUUCUUGGGCUUGCCAAAGUUUCUUGUUUACUGGAGCAUCUUCCUAUCUUUCCAUAGAAAUAGGACAUUUAUCUACUGGACUUUAAGGAAAAUAAAAGAAGUAGAACUAAAUGAAUUGCACUACUAUUUUACAGAGUGGAACAGUCUCUGCAAGUGAAACUGAAAGACUUGUAUUUGACUGAGAAGAUGAAUCUUUUCACUUUUAGAUCUUUUGGGGUUUUUAAGUAAAAUUUAGCAUUUCUAAUUGACUUGAUUUCUGGAAAUGGAAAUGUCAUGCUUUUAUUAUGGGAAGCUUUGUUAGAUGCAUUUAUUAUUAGAAUGGUUCAAGUCCUGCUGUAAAGAUCAUUUUUUUCCCAGGACUUUCACUGUGAUUUUAAUUCACUGCAGGCUGUAUGAGAAACAAACAAAAAAAAAGAAAAAAAAGAGAAAAUAGUAAAUUACCAAGAGAACAGGCUCUUGAUUCCUUAUGCAAGAUGGUUGUGAAACUUCACUGAAGACUGAAAAAAUUCACCUCUCAAAAUGAGGAGGGGGAAUAGUAGCUUUUGUUUACAGAUUGACAGACAAUGGACAUUUGGGUUGUGAAAGUUUGUACUGUGGUAAAGAUAAUAAAUUGGAAACAUUAUUGUGCUUGGGAAUGUUCCAAUUCCAGCUGAUGCUUGUUUCAGACAUGUUUCAGAGGUCCUGUUAAUUGGAAGCUGUCGUAGACUACAUUGCUUAUGCUCACUGCUGUGUAUAAGUUAUUAUAUUUUUUGAAUUAGCUAUUAUUGUCUUAAUGUCCUCCUUUUGUAAGAUUUCAUACACUUUAUUUUUGUAUAGUUUGAAGAUUUAGCUGUUCAGAGAUGUCUGAAGUAAAUGGUAUAAUUUUAUAAUG